AUGUUUACCCUUACCAUUAAUGUUCAAAAUUUUUGGGAAAUUGAAGAAGCUCCAAGUUCUUCAGUCUCAGAUAACAUGGAAGAAGAGGCAGGACCAAGCUUCAAAGAUAAGCCUUCAAAUGGAGCUGUACAUGUCGACAUAGACAUGGAAGACGAUGAUGAUGAUGAUGAUGACAUGAUGGAUGCACUAUCAGUUAGAGAUUUCGAUGAACCAUACCUAAAGAACUUCUGCAAAAGGGCAUCAACCUCCUUUUUCAAACACUAUGGGCUUAUAAGCCACCAGAUCAACUCAUACAAUGAUUUCAUCAACGUUGGAAUUCAAAAUGUUUUCGACUCCAUAGGUGAGAUCAUUGUGGAGCCUGGUUAUGAUCCCUCAAAGAAGGGUGAUAAUCCAUGGAGGUAUGCUUCAAUAAAGUUUGGACAAGUCAACCUUGAGAGACCAAGGUUCUACACUGGAGAAAAAGCCGAAUCUGGUAAAGAAUUCCUAGAAUUCUUACCUAGACAUGCUCGUCUUCAAAACAUGACAUACUCAUCCAGAAUGAAGGUGCAGCUCACACUACAGGUGUAUACACAAGAACUUGUACGCAGUGACAAGUUCAAAACAGGUAAAGAAAAGUACUUAGACAAGCAGAUCCAAGAAACCAGGGAUCUUGAUGUGUUUGUUGGGAGGAUUCCUGUGAUGAUUAAUUCUGACACAUGCUGGAUGAGUGAAGAUAAAAAAGAUGACUGUGAUUAUGAUCAAGGAGGCUAUUUCAUAAUCAAGGGAGCUGAAAAGAUCUUUAUUGCACAAGAGCAGCUUGGAUUAAACAGAGUUUGGUUAGCAAAUUCUCCAAAUUAUCGUGUGAUGUAUCGCUCUGUGCACAAAAGAAAAAGGGUUUAUGUGAAACUUGCAGACACUCCCAAGAUUGAAGAUAUAGGAGGAGGGGCACAAGUGAUAACUGUUUAUCUGUUAAGUUUAAUGGAUAUACCAAUAUGGAUUCUCUUUUUUGCCCUUGGUGUAUCUUCUGAUAAAGAAGUGGUAGACUUGAUUGAUGCAGACAUUACCGAUGGCAAUAUCGUCAAUAUUUUAAUUGCUUCCAUUCAUGCUGCUGAUCAGAGGUGUGAAUUAGAGAAAUGUGAUGAAUUUCGUCAAGGAAGAAACUCACUAAAUCUCAUUGACAAACUUCUCAAAGAAAGCAAAUUUCCACCUAAAGAGAGUGUGAAAGAGUGCAUUGAGAAUUACUUAUUUCCUAAUAUCAUUGGGUUCAAAAGAAAAGCAAGAUUUUUAGGGUACAUGGUGAAGUGUCUUUUAGAAGGGUAUACUGGGAAACGAAAAGUUGACAACAAAGACGAUUUCAGGAACAAAAGAUUGGAACUUGCUGGUGAGUUACUUGAAAGAGAGUUGAGAAUUCAUCUUCGACAUGUUGAGAAGAGAUUAGUGAAGUCAUUGCAAAGGGAUCUUUAUCCAGAUAGAAGUGUAGGUGAAAUCUGGCAAUAUCUUGAUGCUUCAAUUAUUACAAAUGGGCUUACACGGGCUUUUUCAACGGGUUCUUGGUCCCACCCGUAUAAAAACAUGGAAAGAACUUCUGGAGUUGUUGCAAUGCUUAGAAGGGCAAAUCCUUUACAAAUGAUUUCAGAUAUGAGAAGGACACGUCAGCAAGUUUUGUAUGCUGGGAAAGCUGGAGAUGCAAGAUACCCACACCCUUCUCAUUGGGGAAAGAUUUGUUUUCUUUCUACCCCUGAUGGGGAAAACUGUGGGUUGAUAAAGAAUCUAGCUGGCACUGCUCUGGUGUCGACAGCUGUCAGGGGUGGACUUUUUGAUGUAUUGGUGGCAUGUGGAAUGGAAAAAUUAGUAGAUGAUACUUCAACUUCUUUAUCUGGAAUGGAUAAAGUUUUUGUUGAUGGAGAUUGGGUUGGAUUUUGCAAAAAUUCUGCUUCUUUUGUUGCUGAGUUUAGGCGUAGGCGUCGCAAAACAGAAGUACCUCCUCAGGUUGAGAUAAAAAGAGACACAAGGCACAAAGAAGUGAGAAUAUUUCGUGAUGCAGGGCGUAUUUUACGCCCACUCAUAGUCAUCCAAAACUUACCCAAAAUCAGAACCCUAAAAGGUGGAAGCUAUUCAUUUCAAGAUCUUUUAAACAAUGGAGUCAUUGAACUAAUUGGACCCGAAGAGGAAGAAGAUUGCUGCACAGCAUGGGACAUCAAAUACCUCUUCCUCGAAAAUGACGAACACGCCCCUAAGAAAUACACACAUUGUGAACUCGACAUGUCAUUCAUGAUGGGCAUAAGCUGUGGCAUCAUCCCUUUUGCUAACCAUGAUCACGCAAAAAGAGUCCUAUUCCAAUCCCAAAAACACAGUCAACAAGCUGUUGGAUACUCAUCCACAAAUCCAGACAUCAGAGUCGACACUCUUUCACACCAACUCUUCUACCCUCAAAGACCUCUUUUCAAAACCGUUCUUUCCGAUUGUCUUGAAAAAGGUCAACAAUCUGGUCAAAAUCAAAAGGGUUUGAUUGCUAGACCCGAGUUUUUCAACGGGCAGUGUGCUAUUGUAGCGGUCAAUGUCCACCUUGGGUAUAAUCAAGAGGAUUCAUUGGUGAUGAACAGGAGCUCGCUUGACCGGGGCAUGUUUCGGUCAGAGCAUAUUAGAAGCUAUAAAGCUGAGGUUGAUAAUACGGAAGUUUCAAAGAAGAAGGUUAAGUCUGAUGAGGCUGUGAAUUUUGGGAAGAUUCAAAGUAAGAUUGGAAGGGUGGAUAGUUUGGAUGAGGAUGGGUUUCCUUUUAUCGGUGCAAAUUUGCAAAGUGGUGAUAUUGUGAUUGGGAAGUUUACAGAAGCAGGGACUGAUCAUAGUGUGAAACUGAAACAUACGGAAAGAGGAAUGGUUCAGAAGGUUGUGUUGUCUGCUAAUGAUGAAGGGAAGAAUUUUGCAGUGGUAUCUUUGAGACAGGUGCGGGCCCCAUGUCUUGGUGACAAGUUCUCAAGUAUGCAUGGGCAGAAGGGCGUUUUAGGGUAUUUGGAGUCUCAGGAAAACUUUCCUUUCAGUGUACAAGGGAUAGUCCCAGAUAUUGUGAUCAAUCCACAUGCAUUCCCAUCAAGACAGACUCCAGGGCAGAUGCUGGAAUCUGCUUUGGGGAAAGGUAUCGCGUUGGGAGGUUCACAGAGAUACGCUACACCUUUUUCUUCUCUCUCCAUUGAUGCCAUUACAGAUCAGCUUCACAGGGCUGGAUUUGCACGAUGGGGAAAUGAGAGACUCUAUGAUGGGAGGACGGGUGAAAUGGUAAAAUCGCUAGUGUUCAUGGGCCCCACGUUCUACCAGAGGCUGGUUCACAUGUCGGAGGACAAAGUGAAGUUUAGAAACACGGGCCCGGUCCACCCGCUGACGAGGCAACCGGUGGCUGACAGGAAACGGUUUGGUGGAAUAAAAUUUGGGGAAAUGGAAAGAGACUGCUUGAUAGCCCAUGGAGCUUCUGCUAACUUACAUGAACGCCUUUUCACACUCAGUGACUGUUCUGAAAUGCAUGUCUGUACAAAAUGCAAAAGAAUGGCGGGUGUGAUUCAGAGGUCUGUUGCAGGUGGACACAAGAUCCGGGGCCCGUAUUGUCGGGUGUGUGACUCGGUUGAAGAUGUGAUUAAGGUGAGUGUGCCUUAUGGUGCUAAGUUAUUGACACAGGAGCUCUUUAGUAUGGGGAUUUCGCUUAAGUUUGAUACUGAGUUAUGCUGAAUUUGGUAGAUGAUGUGAAUUGUUGAAGUAGGAAUGACAUGUUUAGGUUGAAUGGUGUAAUGACGUGUACUCGUACUCUGUGCUUUGGUGGUUGUACAUUGCUCUUUGUUUGCUGAGCAUGGUCUAAUUGGUAUGGCAUUAUGGAACUUUGAUUAUCUUUUGGUGGGUGGAU